AUGGCGCCUCGUUUCAAGACAGCCCCUGUUGGCUCGUCGCAAUGGAUCCAGACUGAGCGCGACCAGCCUGCCGAGUUUGUGGAUAUGGAGGUCGAGGAAUUCGGCUACGCUGCCCAGAAUGAGAUGGAAUGGCUUAACGAGCACAUGGCCGAGAUUUUCAGCAGCAACCCUGUAAACUUUGCCGAUAUCUUCAAGACUCCUGGAAAGCUACGAGGCAAGACUCCUCGUACUGCGCGCAAGACUGCUGCCCGCGCUCCUUUAACGGAUCUGUUUGCGCCCAACCCUCAAUCGACCUUCAGUCCGGCGCCCAAAAACGACUUCUACUCCAAGGUUGCACAGUUCCAGAUUGCACAGGAUGGCGAGCAGGAGCGCCCUCGCUCAGGGACUUCUAGAAGAAGCCCUCUUCGAGUAGGCAAGCAGAACACGGAUUCCGGGUACCACGGUAUGACCGAGGAUGAGAUGGAUGUCGACUCCCAGCCGUCCAUGCUCAAGAACAGCCACGCUCAAGCUCCAGACCUUGAACCGCUGCAAGAGCACGUCACAAACGACCCUGUUAUUAACGACACAGCGUCUUUUGUUUUGGCCAACGAGGAUGCCGAGAACAUGCAAGAGGACCCAGCAGAGGACAAUGACCAAGCUACUGUGUUUGACCCGGACUCGAGCAGCCGCCCUGUCACACAAGACUCGAACGCGCCAUUCGUCGACGAAAACUGGCAGGCUGAAGAGGCACAGAUUGAGAACGACAUGGUCAAUGAGGAAGAGCUUGAAGAGGACGAGGACGAGGAAGAUGACAAUGCCAAAUCACCAUCCGACAAAUCAACGCCCGACAAGCCAUUGACGCGUAAGAGCAGCUUGACUUUCGCCGCCCUGCCUGCCCGUGAGCCUUUGACUGCUAAGCGAAGCAUUGGCCCAAGAGGCAGCCAUAUGGAUGCGUUCGGAGGUGCUCGCACAAGUGCCUUGGGUAAGAGCUUCGGCAUCACGCAGCAGAACAACAUCCAAUCGGCAGAAGAUGCGGAUGAGCACAACAAGACGUCGACUCAGAGACUGCACGAACGUAUAACGUUACUCGGACAGCAAAAGGAGCCUCGCACUUCAAAGUCCAUUCACAUGCCUGCUUACCCUUCUCUUCCUGCCCACGAACAUAGAUUGACUGCUGGCCAAUCUCAAGAAAAUCUUCCAGGCGACACACAGCCCCUUGUCGAUGAUGACGAUGACUGGAUCGCUCCCAUCGGUCCCAGCUCUCGUGCUGCUAGUGGCGUUGACACGCAGAGGCUGAACGAACCGGUAUCUGAUUCCGUCUCAGUCGAAGAUGCACAACCAGCCUUUACCGGCAUCCCCAAGCCUGCAUUGCGUGAAUCACCCUCAAAGUACUUCAUGGGACACCACAAGUCGAACUCGACAGCCACCCUCGCUUCUCCCGCAAAGGUUGCGACCGCUCCUCAACACGCCCACCACCUAAAGAACACUUCUGUCUCGAACCCCAACUUUCCACCAAGCAGCGGUACUACUACUCCUGUGGCUAAUUCAAUUGCUUCUCCUACCAAGCAGAAGUUCGCUGAAGCACCCAUCAGUGCCUCCAAAGCUAAGCUCUAUUCUGUCUUCAAAUCCGCCAAGGGUAUGUUCGGUAGUAGCGCUGCAGCCAGUGCUCAAGCAAAGAUGAACUCUCUCUCUUCUCCGCAUCGACCGCUCUCUGCAGCAACUUUCGAGCGACCCGAUCCGGAUAUGUCCAAGAUGCCCGGAGGUCUCUAUCCGGACCUCGGUCAGAAGAGGCCAGCUACUGCUCUUGCUGCAACUGGUGGAAGCAGGCGGACGCGUAGUUCGACAGAGCACGCCCGUAAAAAUGACAAGGACUCCAAGGAUGAGCAGACCGCUACGGACGGCUUAGAAAAGGUCAGACAGCAAGAGCGACAGAGAGCUCACGAAAAGGCCGAGAAAGAUAAGGCUGCCGAGGCUGCACGACUCGAGAAGGAGAGACUCGCAGCAGCUAGCCGUCCUGGGGCUGCAUCACAGCAAUCAUGGAGAUCGACCGCGGACGAGGGUAGCGAUGGCGAUGAGGCAGGUCCUCCGGUGCCUUCCAAGACUGGCAUUCCAUCUGGAAAAUUGAGGGCACCAGGCAGGCUAGCCAAGCCAUCAAGAUUGGGAAGCAUUCAGCCAAAGCCUGCUCCUGUAAGCAUCAAGGUCGCAUCAGGGUCGCAGAGACUUGGAGGCGCUCAGCCUGGGAACUCUUCUCAAGACGCAAGCGUUGCUCCGGCCGCCACUCGUCAACAAGCUACGCGCUCAGGAAGCGCACAGCCACCUGCAUUGUCAAAGUCGGUCGGUGCUGGCGCUGGCUCGGUUCGCAGCGUAAAGGCCCUAGAAGCUGCCGCCAGAAAGAAGGAACAAGACGAGAAGGUGGCUCAGAAGAAGGCAGAGCAGAAGCGUGAGAUCGAGCGCAAGCGAGCUCUCAAGGCUGAAGAGGAUCGCAAGGCAGAACAGGAACGCAAGGCGGCCGAGCAGCAGCGACUUCAAGAGGCUAGGCUUGCAGCACAAAAGCAGGCGGAGCAACGAAAGGUCGAGCAGCAGAGGCAGCUGGCUUUGCAACAGAAGAAGAGUGCCGAUUUGGCUGCUGCUAUUGAGCAAGAGAAGCUAGAUAAGCAACAAUCACAGUCCACUCUUCCGCGUGGAGACAUUGCCGGCACAUUGAGGCAGCUUUCCAAGCAGGAUCGACCCGCGCCUCAAGCCAAUACCGCGAAGCCAGCCAAACGUCCUCUCCAGCAAGAUGUCGAGGACCCAUCGCAACGUCCUGCUAUUGGCAGAGCGCCGGCAUCAUAUCAACAACAAGGAGACAAGAGACGCAAGACUCUGGAGGAUGACGAUGAUGAAGUCGACCGACCAUCGGACAAUGCUUUGACAGCCCCUCCCAAGCGACCAUCGAAUAUGCGCAAGGAGUCCACGCUCAACAAGUUCCCCCACGGAUACACACACGCCCCUCCACCAGCUGCUCAUCACUCUCAAAACAUGUUCAAGGCUACAGUCACAGCACAGCAUCACGCACAGCACGCCAAAGCAGGCAUGCAUCCUAACGAUAUGAUGAAGUUGUCGACAGCUCGUAUCCCCUUUGCAGAGAACUCUAAUCCCCCAGGAGCAUCAUCGAGCAAGGGACCACCUCCAUCGGCCUUCAAGACUCCAGGACGACCAGCAGCUCAAAUCGUUUCUAAGAAAUCAGUGCCGAAGUCUGCCAAGUCUUCCCCCCUGUAUGCCAAUGGAGACAAUAUUAACUUGCCCGAGAUUGCUACAGACAGUGAAGAUGAGGAUUCGGACGAUGACCAGACUGGAGGAUUCCGCGCACCAUCGUGGGUCGCUUCGCCAGCACUCCGUGAUCUUCUUACGCAGCAACAGCUUGUGGACCCCGAGAGCAUCUUUGGUCCCAUUGCACCGCUACAGAUGGAGGAGGUGUUCCGCAACAGCAAGAACCCUGAACGCCUGAAGAAGUUCCGCGACCGUGGAUCGUCAGCUCGCUGGGUCGACACGGGAGAUGCAGUUACGAAGGAGGAAAAGGUCAAGGACCGCGAAAUGCGUGCACGAGUUGUCAAGGAAGGUGGAUGGAGAUUUGGACAGGAUGCUUGA